AUGCUACAGCAUAAUCCCAUCAUACAUCCAGACACGAGAAACAAACGGUUCAAGUUUGAGCCGUUCCUAAGGAAAGAAUAUAAUUUUGGAUUAGAUCCUGAUCGUCCAGUUUGUCAGUUUUACAAUCCAUUAAAUCCGUUGAAUUCCUGUCCUAAUGGCAAUGACUGUCCAAAUAAGCAUGUUUCGGCCAUGUACUCGAAUAAGAUUGUGUGUAAGCAUUGGUUGAGAGGACUUUGUAAGAAGAAUGAUCACUGUGAAUUUUUACAUGAAUAUAAUUUAAGAAAGAUGCCAGAAUGUUUAUUCUAUUCAAAGAAUGGAUAUUGUACUCAAACACCCGAGUGUUUGUAUUUGCACGUUGAUCCUCAACUGAAGAUUCCUGAAUGUUUCAAUUACGAAAAGGGAUUUUGUCCAGAUGGUCCAAAGUGCCCAAACAGACAUAUACGAAAGAUUCUCUGUCCGCUUUAUUUGACCGGGUUUUGUCCUAAAGGGUUUGAGUGUGACUUCACUCACCCUAAGUUUGAUAACAUUCCUAUCAAGUUGAGAAUCAAGCCUGAUACUGAAACUUUAAACGAAGAGGUUGUUGAAAAAGAAAACGAAAUGUUAGAGGAACAAGUUGAAAAAAGUAAAGAGAGUUCUGCUGAACUCACAAAAAGUGCUCAAGAUAGUCCGACAAGUGCUGUUGGAAAUGGUUCCAAAGAAGCUUCUGAAUAA